UGACAAGCAGCGGACGACCGUCGCCCGUUCCGUUUGCCCGUUAGAUCAGAUCCCCGCCGUGAGAUCUGUCCCACAACAUCCACCCCCCACCCCCAAGCAUACCCACAAAUAACGUUGUCGUCUUCUCGCGAAUUUAUCAUUGUUUUUUUUUUUUUGUUGUACCCCAAUCAUUGACCCUCCACCGUCGAAAACGAAAAGCGAACGCGCAUAACGGAAGUAAACAAUCCUUUGUGAAGUGCAAAAUAUUUCUUCGAAUUUUUUUCAAGUGAGAGAUUUUCCCAAGGAUAAUCAAACAACAUCAUCAUCGUCAUCGUCAGCAUCUGGGCAGCGCUAUACCCACUGGCAAAUGAUGCUGCUACGUUUGACCCUGCUGGCGACGCUCUGCCUCUGCGCCGCCCAGGCAGUGCUCAAUGGCAAGGAGCUGAAGCGCCGCGAGGCAGGCUUUGACACAUACGGGCCACCGCCCCGACCGGCACCACAGUACGGACCACCGCCCCAGCAGCAGCAGCAGCUGCAGCAUGCGCCCCAUCGCGAGUACGGAGUGCCGCAGCAGAUACCCUUCCGGGAGUACGGACCCCCGGCCCUCAAGUACGGACCUCCGAAGCUCAAUUUCCUGGGCGGAGGCGGCGGCGGCGGUGGCUCUGGACCAUUGGGCGGUCUGCAUGAGCAGAUCAAGACUCAUUUCGGUGUGCCCAAACCGUUCUAUGGACCACCGCACAUACAGCAUAAGCCGGCACCACAGUACGGACCACCAAAGCAGCAGUACGGCCCACCGCCACCACAGCCCGCGCCGCAGUACGGCCCACCGCCACCACAGCCCGCGCCGCAGUACGGCCCACCGCUGAAGAUUCAGCACCGCCCAGCGCCGCAGUACGGCCCCCCGAAACCACAGUACGGACCACCGCCGCCACAGCACCUGCCGUCGCCGCAUUCGGCGCCGCUGUUCAAGCCCGCCCAUCAGCCGGCCAGCUCGUACGGACCACCCGCCUCGGGGCCGUUGAAUCUGCCGCCUAAGCCACACUACGAUGCGCCGCCACCAAAUUAUGGACCCCCACCGCUGCCCAUCUCGCUGCCGGGGCCACAGCCAGCGAGCUUUAAUCGCGGGCCAGAGACGACGAUCAUUCUGACAUCCGGCGGAGGUGGACACGGACAGGGACACGGACAGGGACACGGACACGGACACGGACAGGGACUGGGACUGGGACCCAGUGGACCGCAGCAGGUGCAGAUCCAAAUUGAUGCCACCGGGCACACACACAGUGUGAGCGGCUCCCAGGCGCCCUUCCACACGGCCUGCGAUGGCUGGAAGCCGAUUCCGGCACCGAUUGGCGCCUACGUCGAACAGAAUCACAUCGAGACGCAGGGCGGCUACAGCCACGUGGCCCAGGGACAUGGCACUGCAUUCGGCACUCAGUACAGUGCAGGCAGUGCAGGUGGAGGCGGAGGCCUGAGUGUGGGUGCCACUGGAGGCAGCAUCAUUGAUGGCCUGUCCGAUGAGCAGUUGGUGGCUGUGGCCCUGCAGGGCGGCGACGAUGGCGGCAAUCUAAUCACAGGACCUGGCGCCGGCCACUUGAACUCCAUCGAAUCGGAAGCUCUGCAGCUGUCCAUUGGCAACCUGGAUGAUUCGUACUCGAAGCCGCCGUCGGACUCCUUUGCCCCUGGAUCUGUGCAUGGCCAGAAGUAUCAGACAAUUGGCUCCGGUCUGCCGCCACCACCGCCACCCAAUGGCAACUAUGGGCCGCCGCCACCAGCACCGCCCAGCGGCAACUACGGACCACCGCAAAGCGGCAACUUCGGACCUCCACCACCGCCCAGCGGCAACUACGGGCCACCGCCCAGCGGCAACUACGGGCCACCGCCCAGCGGCAACUUCGGGCCACCGCCGCCACAAUUUGCGGCACUGACUAGCAGCAGCCAGUCGAACAGCCACCAGUCCCAGUCGCACUCGCAGUCGCACUCCCACUCCAAUGUGAACAUCCAGUACGGUCCGCCGUCGGGCAACCCACAGCCAUUCCCUCAGCAUGGCGCCGGGCAGCCGAACAAACCGGUGGCCUAUCGCCCGCCUGUGCCCGCUGGCCUGCUGGAGUCGAUCGGCGCCACUGUGCAGCACUUGGAUCAGUUCGGCGUGAAGCCCGCGCAGCAGCCGCAGACGUAUAUACCCCCAGCCGCCAAUGAGCUGCCGGUGAGCGGCGGUGGUGCACCACUGCCCGCACCACAGGCCUUGUACCAGCCACCGCCACCACCACCACAGCAGCAGCUGCCACAGCCACAGGCAGGACCCGCCUUCAUACACCAAAAGCCAGGAGCACUGCAGCAAUAUGGACCACCGGGACCGCCACCACCGCCAGAGCCACAGUAUCUGCCGCCGCCAGCGCCAGUGGCGAAUGUGCGUCCACUGGGACCACCACCGCCGGCGCCAUCGCAGCAGUAUCUGCCACCACAGUUCUUCCAGCAGCAGCAGCAGCAACAGCAGCACCACCAGCAGCACCACCAGCAGCAGCACUCUGAGAACAGCUACAGUGCCUCGCAGUACCAGCAGCAGUUUGUCCACAACCAGGGACUGCCACUGUCACAGCAGGCGCCGCGUUUCAAUCAGAUCCCCCAGCAGCAGCAGCAACAGCAGCAGCAGCAGCAACAGCCCAUCAUUGUCCACGAUUGCGGACAUGGACCCAAUCUAGUGAGCAGCAAUGGCUACCAGGUGCAGCAACAGCAGCAGCAGCAACAGAUUCAGCAACAAUUUGGCAGCAUCUCGGCGGCAUCUGCGGGCGCAUACAACGCCAUCGCCCAGAGCAUUCCCGUGGCCGAGCAGCAUACACAGUUCCUGACGGGUCCCGCCGACAGCUACGGACCACCGCCAUCGGGCAAUGACUUGGACUACGAUCAUGCGGGCUAUGCCUCGCAGAAGAACUCGGUGGCGGCAUUGCCCGAUGGCACGGAUCCCCAGCAGCUGCCCGGCUUGGAUGGCCUCGAUGUGAUCUCCGCACAGAAAUCGCAGAGCAUUCAGCUGGGCUCCGGUCAGCCGCAGCCCCAGCAGAAUUUCCAGGUGCAGUUUGGUGGCUCCCUGAGCCAGGCAGGCGGCCACGGUAACGGCCCCCAGGGCAAUGACGUUGGCGAGCAGGGUGCCAAUCACGAGGAGAUCCUUUCGCAGGGUCUGCUUCAGUCCAUUCUGACGGCCAUCGAGCAGCCGCAGCAGCAGCAGCAGCAAUCGCUGCCACAGAACCACAAGGCGCAGAGUCGUUCCGAUUUGGAUCACGAUCAGGAGGAGAUUGAGGCAGAGGAUGAUGCCAUGGAUGUGGGUGAGGAGGAGCAGCACGAGCAUCAGGGUGGAUCGGCCUCCAAUCGAGUGGAGGUGCGCGUUCUGCCCGACGCUGAUGCCCAGGAGGAGGAGGUGCCCGCUGAGGUCAAGGAGAUCGAGCCGAUUGUGGCCGCCGAUCUGCCCGAGGAGGAGGCCAAGCACUAGAAGAGUCCGAUCUGCAUGGGAUCGGAACGAGUCAGUCACUAGUUAUCAUCGUUAUCCAAUCCCCAAAUCAUCCCGCGCCGCUUGAAUCUUAUUUAUUGCUGCCUCAUCCCAUUUCUAGCAUUUCCAUUCUAUUAAUACUCUUUAAGCCCACUCGUUGCAUGAACUCGUUGCAAGCACUAGAUGCAACGAGUGCCAUUCGCACACUCUUUCAUUCCCACUCCGCAAGCACUCGUUGCAAUCCACUCGCUCUGUGCACCCCACUCGCUGAUCCCACUCGCUGCAACUACCCAUCCAUUCCCUCCCUUGAACACGGACCAGUUGCCAUAAAGAGACAGAGACAGAG